UGUAUUCAUGUCAGGGUAAUUUUGGUGCUACUCAUCUGAAAUACACAAAACAAAGAAUAUAUAAUAAUCAGACAUAAUUCACAUUUCUGAGGAAUAUUUAAGAAAUUGCGAAGAUGGAGACCACAGAGAAGUCUGCCAGAAAAUCAUUUGUUGUGAUGUUUAACCUGAUUGGAUGGAUGGUUUUAAUAUCAGCUACUGCAUUAGGAAUCAUUCAUUUUCAUGAGUGUCCUGUUCAGCCAAACCUUCCCACCUAUCUGAUUGUGAUUGGAGCAGGUGGGCUGCUUUCAAUGCUGCUUAUGUACUUAAGGAACACUAUGGAUGACUGUCUUCUUGUUCGGUUCUGCAGUGUCUUCCUCCUAAUGCUCUUUGUGUUCAUUGUAUGCUGGUUUUUUACUGGUUCAUACUGGAUUUACUCUAUAUAUCCUCCCAGCUAUGACGUCACUAACACAACCAACCACUGUCACAGAACACUGUACCUGUUUGCAUUUUGGUUUAACAAUCUGUGUUUUCUGUGCUCCGCACACCUAACCACUUCUUUUCCCUCUCCACAUCUAGGCAGUGGACUAAUGGGCAAUUCCUCAGCCUCCUUCAUGGGGACGUUCCUGGCCAGCAGUCUAGGCUCCCCUCCCUCGCACCCACCACACCCCUCCAGACCUCCGUCUUCUCCCUCCUCUCCUUCUUACCGUGGGGGUCCGCACUCUAGCGCCUCUCAGAUCUGGUUCCCCCAUUCACAUGAAGCAGUCCCAGGGUAUCCUCGCUUCUCAGGGAGUCUAGCCCACACCUUUCUUCCCAUAAGCCAUUUGGAUCACCAUGCCAACAGCGGAGUCCUCUAUGGACAGCACCGUUUCUAUGACACACAGAAAGAGAACUUCUAUAUAAGAAGCCUUCCAUCACAGCCCUCACUCAUCACAGCCAAUCACAAUAUUCCGCCCAUGUCAAGAGCGGGACUAGGACAACCCCAGGGCUCGUGCAGUAGAGACAGAGAUACAGGUGCUGGGGUUAGCCUACAUAAGGGCCUUAAAGACGCAAGCAUAGACCGUGGUGUAGUUUCAGACUCAAAGGAUAAAGACAGACCAACUAAUAAACAGGAUUCUAAAGACCGCCAUCAUCACAACCACCACCAGCUACCCCAUCAUCAUCCCCAUCAACCCCAGCUUCAUCCACAACACACGGUCACUAUGGAGGAGAUGAAUGGUAGGGGACACAAAACCACCCUGCCUAUGGAGUACAAGGAUCAUUCACAGAGCAUGGCAAAGCCUCUUAGUGCCUGUCUGCUUAACGGGAAGAUGCAGAAUGGGGACCACGGGCCUGGGGCAAAAGGCUCCAUGGCAACAUGGGGGGAAGAUGGCAUGGGAAGAGGUAAUGCAGGGUCCAACAGUGUCCAAAGCAGACAUGUGAGGGGCAGCAGUAAUGGACGCUGCACCAAAGAGGCAGUAAGUGGAGAGAUGCGGAUCAGUGAGCAGCCUCCUACGGACUGCCUUCAGCGAAGUCAGGCACUGCAGCAAUCUUUGUCCUACUCAGUGCAUCCUCCACUGCCCAUGGGUUCAGCAGCUGGAGGAGGCCAUCCUGGGGGCUUCCACUGUCUUCAACUCCAUCCCGGCCACCUCCAUCACCCACACCACAACCACCACUCACACCAACACUCAGACUUCUUCUGCUCUCCUCCACCUGCCCCCGUGGGAAACCCCUCCUUACAUAAUAAAGGGAUCAAUACUGGUGGAUGCAGAGACCCAAAAGUAACUGGAGCCACAUUUGUACCAUCUGUUUGCCAUGUUGGGGAGAAAAACGGAGGCUCCUUCCAGCUGGGCUCUGAGUUCCAGGGAGUUGGUGGUGGAGGGAAUAGUGUCAAGGACAAGGCCAUGGAAAAGACAGGAAAUGGGGAACAUCACAGCAACUGGCCCAGGAAACAGCAGCAACCUCCAACCCAGCAGCAGCAUCCUUACAGAAAAACUGAAAAAGCCCCCGACUGGAUGCACAACCACCACCAUCAUGUGCAGCAACAACCACAGCAACAAGGCCAUUCCCAACAACACCAAACUGUACGUUCCCGCAGUGCUGACUGCAUCAACAGUAUGGAAACAGACAUAUUCAGACCUACACUGGGUCAAGAGUUGAAAGCUGUUCAUCCUUUAACCAACCAAUCCAAUGUUAACUCCCAGCCCUACAGGGACUGUUCACACUCCGGACCUCCAACUAUUUCCUCACCUCUUGCAGGAAAGAACAUGGCCCACCAUGGAAGUGGAGGACAUGGAAGUUGCUCCAUGCAUCGAGAUGGACAAAAGGUUGCUCGUAUUCGCCACCAACAACACAGCAGGGCUGGCCCAGAUACUGCUGGCACAGACCUAACUCAGGCUAAUGGGAACCAGGAGAUAAAAAGGAAGAUGGAAAUGUCUCCUUAUGGCUACAAUAACAAUUCACAGCAUCACCCACAUCAACAGUCUGCAGCUCCACCAUGGGCCAUGCAACCUCAUCAUAUCCAUUCUGAAGAGGACCAGCACAAAGCUUACAUGGAAUCUAACAGUGCUGCUAACAACAGGCCCCCCACACAACAGCAUCACCAGACAACAGGAAUGGGUCCCCCUCCUCCUCCCCUUCAACCAGCCCCUUCUCAAAACCAGCAGGAGGUCACAAGUUUGCAAGGUGAAAACAGUGCCAUGAAGAACCUUCUGAAGUACAGCAACCAGCAACCUCUCAUGUCCCAGAAGAGCCCAUUUGGGGGGCUCGGUAGCCUCAAAACGGGGCCAAAUGGUACCAGCUGCUCUAUUCAGGGAGGCAAGCAAACUCUACCCUCUAGGAAAGGCCAAAGCCACGAGAAUGAGCGAGCAGAUUGUGGGGGACGGGGGAGAGAGGUAGGAGAGUCCUCACAUAUAGAAGGGGAGGUGCGUCAGCCUCCGGUAGGGAUUGCAGUUGCUGUGGCAAGACAGAGAGACCCACCCUGCCAAGCAUCAGGCAGCCAUCCCAACAGCCAACAAGGGCGGGUUCACUCCACCAUGAAAGGCACUCCACGCUCCAUGUACCCAUCAGAUUCACCAGGAGCGGAUGAGAGAAAAAGAACAAGUGUAGAACACAUGGGCCAUCGGUGCCCAGACAGAGAUCGAGACACAUAUAUCAGGGAUAACAAGGAAAGGGUGGAAUUUGCACACAUUCAUCCAUCAAACAGUUGCCAUGGUGACCUCACCUCUCAUAUCAUGGUGCCAGGUGGCACUUCAAUGCAGCCGAGCCAAUUAGGGGACCCGACUGCUCAUGCUCACUCUGCUCACCACCAUUGGAUUCCACGCACAGGAAGUCCCUCUCUCUGGAUGACAGGUCACUCUUACAGCCUUGGCCACACAGCUCUGCAUCAAAAUCUCCCCCCUGGGUUUUCUGCAGCUAUGCCUGCCCCACUACAGUCAGUGCUGCCGCUAACCCAGGAUCCCUCUGCCCAGCUGGUGGUGCUACCCAGUGAACCUGCUCAACACCCACCUAGCCACCUUGAUGUCAUGGAGCAGUCUAGUCUGUGGCCUCAAGUAUACAGGGCAAGAGGGGCCCACUCCCAUAUGCAGCAUCCUGCUGUGUAUCCUCGCUCACAGUUUCUACGACAACAGGAGCUUUAUGCUCUUCAGCAACACCAGCAGAUGCAGCAUCAGCAACACUCAAACCAUCAAUCACCACUCGCAUCACAUAGGGCAAACAAUGUGGAGCUACAGCACAGAACUGGUCAUAGUCAGGUGCAGAAGAAACCUGAAGAACACAGUAUGGAGCUAGAAGACAUUCUGUCUGACCCAAGGACCCCCAAACCUGCCAGGUGCUAUGGUUAUGGCUCAUCCAACAGGGCCUCGUCACCUCCCCGGGGUUCCACUGCCCAUUUGUCACCAUGCUGCCAGUCUCCUUGUAUCCGGCCUCACCCUAAAAGCACACCAUCUACCCCCUGCUCUGCACCAAGUCCGGUAGCUGCUACACCCCGCUCUCCUGUCAUCAGCCCUUCCCCAUCCCUGCUUCCCACAGUUACAGAGUCCCAGGACAAGAGGAUAAAAGGGCAAUCACCACAAGACUACCCUCAGUCCAUGGAGCCUGAUCUGCCUCCUGGAUACACCUAUCUGGAAAUUGGCAUGGGCUACAGGAAUGGGGCCACCACUCAAGACGUACAGUUGGCAGAGCCUGCUGAUCUGGAGGCUGUUCAAAUCGAACCUGUUGAGCAUGCCCCUCGAGCUCUCUCUGGCUUAGGAGACGGCCUGGAAUGUCAUGCAGUGGUGAGGCUUCAAGUGCCACAAGAUUCAACAGUGGAAAAAGACACUGCUAGUCUUAUUGAGAAUCAACCAGAAUUUGCACAAGGGGGAGAUGUGAAAGGACUCAUGGCUAUGGGUUGCUGUGAACCUUUGGAAGCCAAACAGAAUGAGGAACAGGCCGAAACGCAACUUUGCACAACUGUUGAAGCUUCGAUCUGUGAAGUAGGAGAAGGACUAAUCCUUUCAUCUGAUGAGAAAAUGCACCCAAAUGAUGUGACUGUUACCUUUGAGGAAGACGUGGAUAAAAACGUACCUACCAAAGUAAGGAAAAAUACUGAGACACUGGAGGAUCAGGGAGCGCCAUUAGUGGAAGAACCUUGUGUUUCAGAUUGUACACCCAACCAGUUGCCAGACACCAACAACCAAUCAGACAUUGCAAUAACAGGAGAGGAAAAACACCAGAACAGCUGUGUGAAGGUUGCGUCUCCAGCUGCUUUGCCGGCUACCUGCUCCCAGAGCUACUGGAGUUUAGAGCUCCUGAUUGCUGCAGCCUUCUGUGGAGAUUGUCCCCCUCCAUCUCCACCCUCCUCUUUCUCGUACCAUAAAUGCAAUGCCUCACUCAACUCCUCCUGUCAUGGCAUGGAAUUGCUUAGCGAGCUAGCUGAUCUUGAGCUGCAACAGUACAAACAAAGUUGUGGUAAAAUUCAAGGAGAGGAGCAAUGGAUUUUUGAUCUACAUAGUCUUGCUACUUUGGCAACAGCUCGUGCCCUUGAAUUAAGCUCAGUGGAGAACAGCACUGCAGAUGUCGAGAAGCAAUAUCCCGCCCGAAGAACUCUCAACUUGCGCAGAAAAUGCAGCUGGACACCUCGUCAUGAGCGGGUGUGUCCAGUGAAAGGUGCUUUGGACAGUAUGGAUGGGCAGGAGCUGGCGAUGCGGAUGAGGCUAGCAGAGCUGCAACAGCAAUACAAAGAGAAACAGAAGGAACUGGCCAAACUCCAGCGGAAGCAUGAUCACCAAAAAGAAGAGAAUCCUCGUAGUCCUGCCCGUCGAGGCCCUGGCAGACCACGCAAACGAAAAUCAGCUCCUGGCCUCGGCUCUGGGAUCCUUACAGAACCUCAGAAAAAAGUCAAAUUGGUGGGAACAGCAUCAAGUCCAUUGGCAGAGGAACAUCGGGGCUGCAGAGACCCUCAGAAGAAGAAGAAAAAAUUGUCCAGUCGAGGGUUCAACCGUCUGAGUUCCACACAGAUGAAGUCACAGUGUUGCCGGAACAACAGUCUCCAUGAUCAACACAUAACACAAUUCAAGCAGAAGGUCUCAGGUGGACGACCCUUAUCUGGAGCUUUGUCACAGGACAGAGAGUCUUCCUCGUUGUCUAAGAACCUGUACUCCAUCCAGAGUCCCUCCAAACCUGACUCCAGACUACCCAGCACAGCCAAUGAGUCUGAGAGCUUGAGUGAUACAGGCACCAGUGGGGACAGUGGGCCACAGGAGGGCUGGAAGAGGCACGAACCAGCGGCGAUUAAAAGGGGACGGAAGAAAAGUGCUGGAACCGCAACUUGUUUGCAGCAUUCAGGGGGCAGGACCCCGCAGGGUAGGAGACAGGAGGUGGAUGAGGACAGGGAGACGUCCCCCCCAGAGAGCGAGUCCUCUGAGCAAGGUGAGUGUCUCUUAUCAUCAAUGAAGUCACAGUGUUGCCGGAACAACAGUCUCCAUGAUCAACACAUAACACAAUUCAAGCAGAAGGUCUCAGGUGGACGACCCUUAUCUGGAGCUUUGUCACAGGACAGAGAGUCUUCCUCGUUGUCUAAGAACCUGUACUCCAUCCAGAGUCCCUCCAAACCUGACUCCAGACUACCCAGCACAGCCAAUGAGUCUGAGAGCUUGAGUGAUACAGGCACCAGUGGGGACAGUGGGCCACAGGAGGGCUGGAAGAGGCACGAACCAGCGGCGAUUAAAAGGGGACGGAAGAAAAGUGCUGGAACCGCAACUUGUUUGCAGCAUUCAGGGGGCAGGACCCCGCAGGGUAGGAGACAGGAGGUGGAUGAGGACAGGGAGACGUCCCCCCCAGAGAGCGAGUCCUCUGAGCAAGAGGAAGAUGAAGAGGAGGCCAGUUAUGGCAGUGAGGAAGGCCAAGACAUCAAAGCUCCAGCGUUCAGGAACCUUUCGUUCAGCUCAGCUAUUACAGGUCCCUCCCCUUUCUCUGUCGUCAAACUGGAAGCCAAUCAAAAGGCAAAGAUUAAGAGGGAACGACAGGAGCUUUACGGGUCUCAGAUUCACUCUGUAAAAGAAGGGGACGUGAAGGUAAAGCGACGGGGACCCUGUAGAUCUGUCCCCAUCACUGUGUCCAAACCGCUAGGUGUCAGAAGACGACCAGGCAGGCCCAGACUGCAGGACAAGCACUGGCCUGGGAUCUCAGCUCAUUACAGAAAGAAUAUGCCGUUUCCUGGCAGCAGCAGCGAGAGGCUAAAGAGAGCCACACGGAGGAGCUCCAUACUGAGAGCCACGAGGAGAAGUUACUGGUCAACCAGGGCUCAGUCUCCAGACACUGUUGAUAACAGCAGUACUAGGAGAACCAGACUCAGAGAGUCUAAAGGUCGAGCGGUCAGCCGUUUGUUGGAGAGCUUUGCGGCAGAUGAGGGUUUUCGUCUAGGUGAGGACAGCAGCUUCUCAGAUGAGGAUGAGGAGAGGAAGGUUUCAUCUAACAGCAGAACUCCUCCAGCUCCGCCAAACUGUGUGCUCACCAGAGAGAUGCUGACCGAUGGACUCAAAGUUCUCAUCACUAAAGAAGAUGAACUUCUGUAUGCUGCUCGUGUACGAGUUACGGAGUCACCAGAUGUCUACAGUAUUGUUAUCGACGGGGAGAGAGGAAACCGGCCCAGAAUUUACUCCCUGGAGCAGCUCCUGCAGGAAGCCGUAUUGGACGUACGCCCUGACCAUGAGGCUGUGCUAACAGAGGGGACGAGAGUGUGUGCUUACUGGAGCGAACGUUCACGAUGCCUUUACCCGGGAUUUGUGCGAAGGGGUGGCACUGCUUAUGAUGGUAAACCUGGCAGUGUUAUGGUGGAGUUUGAUGACGGUGACAGAGGGUGGAUAUCUUCCUGCCAUAUCCGCUUCCUUCCACCCGGUUACCAGAUUGAAUAUGCUGAGUCGGGUACUGCGCAGGUCUCUGAUGGACACUUUGGCAAAAGCAACUCCAAAGAAAAUGAAUUAAUGAGUGAGAAGACAACAAGAAGAGACACAUCCAAAGCUCAGGCGAAGCCAGUGCGAGGACCAGGGAGGCCUAAAGGCUCAGGGCUAAAGAAGUCUAUCUCAAACAGUUUGGUCAAGAGUCCAGCAUCUGCUUUGCCCUGGCCAUCAGUGGCUGCAUCUAGGAAAAGAACACCGGUGAACUUUUUCCAGCUUGGUGGCUCAGUCUCAAAGAAAGCAAUGAAAGAAAGGGUGGCUGAAACAUCUCUCCGGCCUUCUGGCUCCACACCGACACCAGUCAAAGGUCUCUUUAGCAGCAGCUCCUUUGAGGUGGACUCAUUUAGCAGCAUAGCCAACGGAUACUCAUCCUUCGGCAACCAGACGACCGGGAUGUCACUGGAAGGAAAGAACACUAAUUACGGGCAAAAGAAGCGGAUUGAGGAGCCAGGACCUCCCCGGGGGAAAAAAGCAGAAUUUCUUAUCAAAUUGGACCAUGAAGGUGUAACAUCUCCAAAAACAAAGAACAGCAAGGCUCUACUGUUGCUGGGAGCUUCAGGUUUUAGCUCCAAUGGUGUGAGUGGACUGCCCAGGAAAGAGGCUUAUUCACACCCAGUCCUGCUGGUCAAAGACAACAGGAAAGGAGACCGAGCAGAGCUCUUGCUGAAAGCGAGACCGGUCCAGAGGAAGCCAUCGCCGUCCUUGCGCGUAAAUGAAUAUGGAGACCCGAACCUCGGCUGCCAUAGAGACUGCCACAGCUCUUACUCAGACAUGGAUGAAGAAGAGGAAGAGGAGCAGAGAAGGAGAGGCAGCGUAGCACUCUCUCCACAGAUGGAAGGUUUAACAACUGGCCGAUUUCUGUCGCGCAUGUCAGUAUCUUCGUCUUCCUCGGGUUCCUCGAGCUCAUCCAGCUCAGGUUCCCUCUCCAGUUCCAGUCUGUGUUCUUCCGACAACGACUCGUCGUACAGCUCAGAGGAUGAGGAAAGCUCCACGCUGCUGUUGCAGAGCUGCUUGACUCCACAUCACUCUCUGCUCCAGAACCCCGAACCCCCUGCCGGACACCCACGUCACUCAUUUGUGGCCAGAGCUGUGGCUGUGUCCAAUGUCAAAAGUGGGCAUUCCAACCACAGUGUUAACAGCAAGCCACUGAAAAGGAAAGAGUGUCCCAGCUCUGUCUCCAAACCCUCUAAGGACGUGGUUAAGAAGCCACGGCUUCUGGCAGAGCAGACCAAGUCCAGGUUGUCACCUGUCCUGCCAUCUAGACAGCUGUGGAGAUGGUCUGGAAACCCCACGCAGCGGCGUGGACUAAAGGGGAAGGCCCGGAAGCUUUUCUACAAGGCUAUAGUGCGUGGCAAGGACGUGGUACGGGUAGGAGACUGUGCUGUGUUCCUUUCAUCCGGGCAAACUCAUCUGCCAUUAAUUGGCCACAUUGAAAGUUUAUGGGAAUCGUGGCAGAGCAACAUGGUUGUGAAGGUCAAGUGGUUCUACCACCCAGAAGAGACCAAGUUGGGUAAGAGACACCGAGAUGGCAAACAUGCCUUGUACCAAUCGUGCCAUGAGGACGAGAAUGACGUCCAGACAAUCUCUCAUAAAUGCCAGGUGGUCACCCGUGAGGAAUAUGAGCAUUUGACCCACAACAGGAAGGCAGAUGGAAACUAUCAUGACCUGUACUACCUGGCCGGCACUUAUGACCCCAGCAGCGGUCAGCUGCUUACUGCAGACGGGAUGUCCGUACUUUAUUAGCACUGGACUUGCGUGUCUGUGUAUACUACUGAGUUGUCCGUGGUCCGGCAUCACAGAUUGCGUCUCAUGUUGCGUGGCACAUAAGAAGCUCUGACAGAAAACCAGGAUGUAGACUACCAUCACUCUGGGGAGAUAUCUGCAUGCGAUACCUUACCGGUAGAUGCAGUUUGUCCAUGAUCCUAUAUCUCUUCUGAGGUUACCUAAUGGACAUAUUGUGGAUGUAAACUCCAUUGAAGCGUCUGAAAUGAGAUCACCAAAGCAAAAUGUUUGGUUUAGAGAACAUGGCACUUGAGCCAUGUUGUAGGCAGAGGCUGUGUGGGCUGUUCCCUUCACGCCGCUUUUUAUGAUUCCAGGGAUAUUUAAGUACAUAUAGAUCGAAAGAUAUAUUGAGUUCAUUUAUGUGUAUAUAGGGAUUUAUUUCCUAUCAAGCCAUACACUUCAGUACCUCUCGACAUGAUUUAUUCAGGUGUACAUUGUACAGGUCAUUUGUGAGCGUGUGUUUUUGUCAUUGUUGUCUAUAUGUACAUAUAAAGCUAUUUUAUAGUGUCAUGUACAGAGCAUAUCUUAUCAUGUUUUUAUUUUUAUAUACGUGGAUGAUAUACGGUAGUUGUUGUUGAUUUUUCUGUGAGAGGUUGAACUGAAGAUAUUUGCGUUGCACUGCACAUGGCCUGCUGAGACAGUGAGUUGAGAUGUGCUCAAUUCUCUUAGGUUACACGGGGCACAUUCUUCUAUCGGCUGCACUUUGGGCAUUUGUUCCUCUUAUGUCUUACUCUUAUUCAUGGUUGCCUAUGUUUUCAGACUCACUUAACUACAAAGAACCUUGUAGCAACACCUAAAAUGGUCCCACGGGGUUUGUUAUCAAUGCCUGAAUUAAGUCAGUGUUUCUCUAUGAAUAGAAAAAGGAAAAUCUCAUGUAGAAAUGUCUCGGUCACCCCAAUAUUAAAAGCAAAAAAAAAAAAGAAAUAUUGCAGGAAAUUGAAGCUUGCUUUUAGGACCAUUUGGAGCAUUUCCCCCAAAUUCACAUUAAUGUGAACAAUUGUGAUUCACAUUACUGUAAUAUGCUAAUGAAAAUCAUCUUGUCUUGACCCAAUUAUUUAAACAUCCUUUAUUUACAGGGAUUUGUGCUUAAUUGUCGUGACAGUCCUCAAUUGUCAUAAAAAUUGGGUUAAUUUUACAUCUAAAACAUAUAAUACAGAAUUAUAUAUUUUUCCAAGACACUGGUAUGGGAUAUCAGAAGAAAACAAAUAUUUAAAGUCCAACAUGUGUUAUUACUGUACCUGAUGUAUUUUUUUGUCAAAUGCAUCCUGCACUGUAUUUACAUAUUGCUUUGCUUAAUAUUUUGACAUUUCUUAGCACCCUUGAAGAGUUUUAUUUCUGUUAAGAGUAACUGAGACCUGAAGGUCUUACAGUAUCAUCCCAGGGUCAGGCCACUAAAAAACAAGAACUUGCUGGAGAUCAUAGAGUAGUUGACAUACAGUCAGACUGUAUGCCAAAAACUCAUUUCUCACUGUAAGGGACAAUCGCAUUCAUGAAUGAAGGAGCAUCCACUUUUUAAAAGCUCAUACAAUCACAGCAUUUCUUCUUUUGUGCCAAAUAUGGUCUGUGUUCAUUUCUUAUUAUGCAAUCUUCACUGUAUUAUAAGUCUUAUUGUUUGUAAUUUUGUGUUUUUUUAAGUGUUUAUUUAUUGUCAGUGUUACUGUUUUACCACAAAUCCAACUGGUCAGGACUAAAAUGUUAUUCGAUGGGACAUAUUUGACCCCAAAGUGUCGUAGAAAGGCGCAUGUGGCUCCAAGCUUCACUCUUUACCUCUGCCCCCCAUGAAAUGCUCUGACCAUGUAGGGAAGUGAUGUCAUUCACUGACCCAUCCAUUUCCUGCCCCUUUCCUACUAUCCUUUCAGAUUGCCACAUUUGGCUUGUGUUUUGCUUUUCUGGCUAUGUUCGGAAAAGCCAUGAACAUUUGCCAGAAUGUGCAGUUACUAUAAUUUCCAAUUUCUGACAAUGAAGUGUUUUCUACUUGAAUGAACUAGAGGGAAGAUCAGCAGAGAUUUUCAGACAUUAUUACACAAAUUGGACUGAAAAAACUGUUUCUAUAUAUCACCAAUGACAAUGUAAAAUAUUACUGUCAUUGCAUAAUAUCAGCUUUUACUGAACUACUAUUUAAAACAGUAUAUACUGUGCAGUAUUUAUUAAGUAGCCACAGCUAGACUUUAGCAUUCCAUUCCGAACAUAGCCUGUGUUUAUGCCAUGUGACCCACUAACAGUUUGACAUCAGACUACAGUGUGAUUGAUGUCUCUAUUAGGAUCUGAUUUGGUUUAGUUAUUUAUAAAACACCUCAUGUAACCAGAGGAAAGACUAUAUGAAAUUUGAGUUGGGGGUUGUGUGUGUGCCUUUUUGUACUUUGCCUUUAUGUUUGACUGUUUUGACACAGGAGGGCACUUGAUAGGGUCAUGAAUGUACUUAGCAUACGUUAAGCAUGCAUUUAAUCUGAGGGCCCCAUGCACACAAGAGUUGCUAUUGGUUCCAAUCUUGUUUUUAAAUCGGUAGAGAAAUGCAAUCAGAUCCCACAUGAGAACAGGUCACAUGCCCAUGGCAAAGGUGCAAUACUACUUUGAACAGCACUCAGCAUUUUUAAGCUUUUUGCAAAGGCUGAUGGGUAACAGGAAGUGAAAAGGAGGACGCAGGAUCGUCUGUCCUAUUAAUCAGCUUUCUUUAGAUGUUGGCUUUGCUUUAUAUGCUAAAAAGCCGCAAGGUAUGUAUUUAAUAUUGCUCUCGUCCAAGAAUCUCUCAGAUGUUCUAACAUUGCUAUUGAAAAAUUAUGAAUAUCUUUAUAUGUUUAUUAUGUUUCAUUGAUUCCUUUCUUUCAUUUUUCUUUGCUUUAAAAUGUUGUAAAGAUUGUAAAUCUGUAAAGUAAGGUUUGAUUUUGGGGUAAACAUUUUUGCAAAAAAAUCAAGUAUCAACUGUAAACGUGGUUUAGUAUUACAAUUUUUUAUAGAGGACUUACGAAUAAAUAUCACACUUAAAAAUAAUGACUGGACUUACAUUUAAUUCUACAUUUGUUGGCACUUAGAUUAUUA